AUGCAUUCUUAAAAUAUUGUACAUAGAGAUAUUAAACUAGAAAAUAUAUUACUAGAUGAUAAAAAUAAUGCUAAAAUAAUAGAUUUUGGAUUUUCAAUUAUAACCUAGCCAUUAUAAAAAUUGAAAAUAUUUUGUGGAACUCCAAAUUAUAUGGCUCCUGAAAUCGUUGCAUAAAAAAGUUAUUGUGGAUUUUAAGUUGAUGUUUGGGCAUUAGACGAAGAGCCCAAAAGUUUAGCAAAGUCUCCAAUACUUGACGAAUUUAUCGAUAGUAUAGAAAAGCAAUCAAUAUCAUUAGUAUAUUUACCCGGAAAAGGAUUUAAAGUAUACAAAUAUCAAGAAACUGUAGCCCCGGGAAAUCAAAUAAUAACAAUAAACAAAAAUAUUAUUAAUGAAAUAAUAACAGAAGAAAAUAUAAGCAGAAUAAUAAGUAUUUCUUUAAUGUCAAAUGAUCCUUUAGGGCAGUUUUAUUAAUAUUUAUGCUAGUUUUAUAUUCCAGCAUUAAAAGAUAAAUCAAGCGAAGAUAUAAAUAGAAUUUUGGAAGAAUUAAAAGUCUAAUUAGAUAGCUCUAUUAAUGGAAUAGGAGAUUCAGACGAUAUAGACGAAAAUAAUGUCAGAGGAAUUUACAAGCCUAUUGAUGAAUUUGAUUUUUGGGUUAAAAUUUAGACUAAUUCAAGCCAAAUUUAAUUGUAGAAAAAAUCAGGAAAAAUUAAUGAGUUUUUUGGAUAAAUAGAUUCUUAUUGGAGAGAUUUAAAAAAAAUUGAAUUUUCCAAAAUUUAAGAAGUAGUUGAAAAAACUAUUCAUAUUAUUGAUAAAGUUUGGAAUAUGGAUUCUGGAUAUAAUGGAUAUAAUGAAAAUAGAAUGAUAAAAUUAAUUGAGGUUUUUUAAAUUUCGCUUGUUUAAAGAUUUUAAGUGGAAUUUAAAAUUGAAGAUGUUUGGGACUUGAAUUAGAUUUAAAAUAAAAUAAAAUUGAUUGAAGGGUAAAAGUUCUUGAAAUCUUUUUUAGAAAAAAUCAAAUAUUUAGUUAGUGUGAAAUGGAAAUAAGGAAGAAAAUGGACAAGUCAAGCUUUUAAUAAUUAAAUUAUUGAAGGAAAUAUAAUAAGAAUAAGCGAGGUCAUUUAGAUUAGAGAUUUUUAUGAGUAGUUGAGUAAGAUAGAAAAUCUAAAUGUCGAUUAUUAAAAUAUUUUUUAAUAAUUUAAAAGUAUUAAUUGCUUAAAUAAUUAAGUUGUUUAAGAUGAAUAAUGGUAAUAAAUGAAAUAAACAUAUAAAGAAUAAAUAAAAGUAAAUAUAUUUUUUAUGCUUUUUAUUAUUAAUAAAUAAAAAAAAAAAUAGGAAUUGAUAAAUCAUGUUUAAUCAUUUUUAAAAAGAAUAUUUAGUAAUAUAAAAGGCAAAUAAAAUAAUUAGGAAAUCUUAGAUAUGUUUUAAAAGUGGAGUAUUUUUUUUAAUAUAGAGGAAAUUAAAAUUGUAUUAAGUACAGAAAGAAAUUAAAUAAUUAAUUGUUUAAUAAAUAUUGUUGAAAAAAUUAAAUUAAGUUUUAGUUAAAAAAAUAAAUAAAAUUUUGAAUUUUCGAAUUAAAUUAAUGAUAUUAUAUGGGCUUAUAGUUUAAAUUAAAAACUUCAUUCAAUUAUGGCUAUUGGAUCUUGCUUUAAUGAUAUAAAUAAUUAAUUUAAUAAAAGUUGUGAAUAAUAAAUUUCUAUAAUUCUUUAAAUGGUUAAAUUAUUCCAAGUUUAAAAGAAAUGA